CCUACCAACAGUCCAGUGUACUGUGAGAUGCAUGCCUCCAAUACAAUAGUCUCGUGUAUUGUGAGAUGCAUCCCCCCAAUACAAUAGUCUAGUGUAUUGUGAGAUGCAUCCCUCAAAUACAAUAGUCUAGUGUAUUGUGAGAUGCAUCUCCCCAUUACAACUAUCCUGUUUCUGAUGCAGUCACAGCUAAUUACGUGACAACAGAUACCAUCACCACUAACCACAACACUGUUUAUAAGGCGACACCUACUAGAAUAACCUCAUGGUGACAUGCUACGCAGGUGUGAAACUAUUAUAUCUGCUGAUAAGUCAACAUCAGAAACGAUCCCGCCUCGUCAGCACUGCGGUCUUUCUGAUGUCGCUACGCAGAGCACCUUUUCUUCUCAUUGCGAUAAUUUUCUGCCACGACUCAGCUUUCCUCCCACGACUCAGCUUUCCUCCCACCUCUGAUGUUAAAAUGUGGUCUGAUGUGAAUGACUGGGUACAGUUUGCUGUUGUCCCAAAAGUUUUGGAAGCAGUUGGUGUUGAAUCUAAAUAUCAAGUCAUACCCGAACGUCUGUAUUAUGGUCUGAAAUCUCGUAAGCGCAAACGGAAACCUGCCAACAAUCAAGCUCAACUGGAUGCUCUGAGGUCUACUAAGAAUGAAGUUAGAUGCAAAUUUCGUCAAGCCAAACGACAAGGGGCGUCUCUAGCAGAAUUGACACCAUUUGCUCGUCAAUUUCACCAACUAAUUAGACGUCAUAGUAAACUGAAAGCUGUCAUGAAUAAACGGGAUCUCAAGUCUUCUGCUAGAAAUGCUAAUAAACGCUGUUCAACCAACUUUUGGAAGUUCUCUAAGGAUUUGUUCUCUGAUGACUCUGACACCUCUAAUGUACUGCCAGUUUUCUGCUGAUGAAGCCUAUACUUUCUUCCAGUCUACUUACUCUAAACAGUCUCUUCCUCCCCUCCUGUGCUUCCUUCUGGUGUGUCUUCUCCUCAACCUCCUUCUCAUGACUUUGAUAUUCGUCCAUUUUCAACUUCUGAGAUUCUUAAGAAAAUCAAAUCUACUCGAAAUUCUGCAGCUCCGAGUCCUCUGGAUGGGUUAUCCUAUCUUGUAUUCAAGAUGUGUCCUUCUCUACUGCCUGCACUGCUGGAUCUAUUUAAUUGUUGCUGGCUUUCUGCCUACAUCCCACAACUUUGGAAAACUGGUGUCAUACGUCUCUUUGCCAAGCCUGCUGCAUCCAAAGAUCCCCACGAUCCUUCUUUAUUUAGACCUAUUGCCUUAACACCGUGUAUUGGUAAGACAUACACAUCUAUGCUCAAGGAUCGAUGGUGCCAAUUUAUGUUGGAAAAUAAAUUCUUUGAUACAUCAAUUCAGAAGGCUUUUCUCCCUGGUAUAUGUGGCACAGAGGAACAUCAGUACAAGCUAAGGUCAGCUAUUGCUGACGCUAAAAGAAGUCGACACACCUUAUCAAUAUGUUGGCUUGACUUUGCCAAUGCCUAUGGUUCUGUCCCACAUUGGCUCAUUUUACAAUGCUUUAGACUCUAUCAUGCUCCAGACCAUCUACUGUCCGUCAUCACCAACAUAUAUUCAAACCUUCAGCUACAAGUUUCCACUGUGAAGUGGGCAACAUCCAUGUUGCCCUGCAAUAUUGGAGUGCUCCAAGGUGACCCGUUUUCGGUCAUUGUUUUUAACACCGUCAUAAACACACUCGUUAUGAUGUUGAAGACUCAGCCUUUUGGUUACACGCUUAGUGGUUCAUCUCACAAGAUCAAUGCUCUUCUGUUCGCUGAUAACGUUACCCUAGUAUCAAAGUCGCCUUCUGGUUUACAGCGAUUGUGUAAUAUUGUGUCUGACUGGUGCCAGUGGUCCCAACUGACCAUUAAAAUGUCCAAAUGCAGCUGUUUAGGUCUGAGUUUUAAACCCAAAUUCCAUCUUCGUGAUCCUUCGGUUUCAAUUUCUAAUGAGUCUGUUCCCUUUCUUGGUUCUGAG